AUGGCUCGUCUGAGCGCCGUCCUCACCAACAUCCUGUCCAUCACCGGAUCGGCCAUCGGCCGAGCCGCACCCUCUGGCGAACGGCAACGGCAACUGUCCAUGACAGACUGCGCGGCUGUCGAAGCCCCAGCGUCCUUGACCUGGCUCUUGCAGGAUCAACCCUUUGAACAAGAGGACCCGUCUGCCUUUUUCUACGUCAACCAGGACAUUGACGCCUCUGGAAACAAAGCGAACAGGGUCGCGCAGCUCGUCACCUUCGGCGGCGUCCAGGGCCAGGAGUCAACAGAGUGCAAGCUCCUCUUCACCAUGCCCGAGGACUCGGAGAGCUGGGAGCUGAUCCAGCGCGAGGGCACCACCACGAUGCGCGUGUUCCGCGUCCCGAGCUACCAAGACGACGACGCCGUCCGCCAGACGCAGAACCUCCUCGGCACCGUCCAGGUCAGGCCGGGGACGCAGUCGAUCGACCUCGGCCGGUGUGAUGGCAGUGGCAGCUUCGUCUUUGAGCUGGCAGACGCCGGACGCAGCCGCGUCGCGUUUCGCCAGGCGUCAAAGCCAAAGGACGGCUUCGGCGUGUUUUUGGGGAGCGCAUGUCCCAUCCCUAGGAGGACCGAAUCGGAGGACCUUUGA